CAGGAAUCCGCUGCUUAAACUAACAUGGCGUCUGCACGUUGGAAACUCAAUCCGCUGGACUCGUGCUUGUGGAUCUCCAUUCUGCUAUUCAGCAUCCUUCCUCGAAGCAGGGCAGUCGUUGGACACAGAGAACCGCUGCCAGAUGACAGCAAAGACAAUAUCACCAUCUUUACCCGAAUCCUCGACAGGCUUCUGGAUGGAUAUGACAACAGACUACGUCCCGGGCUGGGAGAAAGCGUGACAGAAGUGAGGACGAACAUCUACGUGACGAGUUUUGGACCCGUGUCAGACACAGACAUGGAGUACACCAUCGACGUCUUCUUUCGCCAGAGUUGGAGGGACGAGCGGCUGAAGUUCGACGGACCCAUGCAAGUUUUACCCCUCAACAACCUCCUGGCCAGUAAGAUCUGGACUCCUGACACCUUCUUCCACAACGGAAAGAAAUCAGUAGCCCACAACAUGACGACUCCGAACAAACUGCUACGACUGGUUGACAACGGCACUCUGCUUUACACGAUGAGGUUGACCAUUCAUGCUGAGUGCCCCAUGCACCUGGAGGAUUUCCCGAUGGAUGCACACGCCUGUCCUCUGAAGUUUGGAAGCUACGCCUACACCAAUAAAGAGGUGAUUUAUCUGUGGACGCAGGGAGACGAGCGCUCUGUGGCCGUGGCCGAAGACGGCUCCAGGCUCAACCAGUAUGAUUUACUGGGACAUGUUAUUGGCAAAGAAACCAUCAGUUCCAGCACAGGAGAAUAUGUAGUGAUGACAACAUAUUUCCAUUUGAAAAGGAAAAUUGGCUAUUUCGUUAUUCAAACGUACCUGCCGUGCAUCAUGACUGUCAUACUGUCUCAGGUCUCCUUCUGGUUGAACCGAGAAUCGGUUCCUGCGCGCACUGUGUUCGGGGUCACCACUGUCCUAACCAUGACCACCCUGAGCAUCAGUGCUAGAAACUCGCUUCCUAAGGUGGCCUAUGCCACUGCCAUGGACUGGUUCAUGGCGGUGUGCUAUGCCUUUGUCUUCUCUGCCUUGAUUGAGUUUGCCACAGUCAACUACUUCACCAAGCGCAGCUGGGCAUGGGAUGGGAAAAAAGAGGGCAUGGAAAUACGGAUGUUUGACGAGCAGCAUGCCGACAUCCCCCUAGGUAACCCGCAAGCCAUGGCGAAGUGCUGCUCCGGAAAACUCGGCACCGAACUCAGCCAGCUGCUAGAGGAACCGUUUCAGGCUAACAUGGCCAGGAUUAAAGAUAUGAGAAGGGAAUCCGCCACUUUGUCCAAAAAGACAAAUAACACCUUCAACAUUGUCGGGACGACGUACGCCAUCAACGUCGGUAAAGACCAAGGUUUGACGACCAUUUCCAAGAGCGCCACCGGACCUUCUGCUAAACAUUCCUAUCUCCAUAAAAUGGAUGACCCCUACACGGAGGCCAAGAAGUCCUACAACCGUGUCAGCAAAGUGGACAAGAUAUCCCGCAUCAUUUUCCCAAUCCUCUUCUUCAUCUUCAACUUAGGUUACUGGGCCACGUAUGUCAACAGGAAGCCCGCCAUCAUGAAAGCCAACAACUUAAACUAAGUCCGAACAAGUGCUAGGCUUGAUCUGGUUGGGUUUGGAGAGUAGACAGGUUUGUAGGAUGCCAAGACCAUUACAUCUUAACAUGCGUGUCUGCGAGUGCGUCACAUUUGUCCAUUUUAUUUGUUUGAUAUCUUGCACGCGUGUAGGAAGAUUUAAACACGCAGAGUUUGUGGAUGAUGGAGGGAGAGGACUUUCACGUCAGACAGUGUUUCUGUUCUCCAUUGCACACUGAGUUCUGGCUCUUUCCUUUGUUGCGAGUUUCUCUUUGACUGUCUUGUCCGUGUUUUGACAUGUUUGCGCUUCGGUUUUUAAAAACAAGUCGUGUGGGCAUUGCAGCUGGUUACCAAUGAUGAAGUUUUGUCGCUAAGUAAGAAGCAUGCAGAAAAAAUGCACAGUGACUUGUUUGUGAAUGCCAGCAGAGCUGCCGGUCAGGCGCUAUUGUGCGCUCUGUUGGCCAGGGGCGUCUAUUAUAGUUCCACAGGAACAUCAUUAAUAAUUGUCAGUGUCUGGCCUUCGGUUUGCAGCCAAAUCUCACACAACCAA